AUGGCCAACAACCUUCAUCCCAGAGCGGCUGUUUCCGAUCAUGGGCAAAUGGCUGGUGGAUAUGCUGCUGGACCUCCUCCAUCGACCCUAGCUGCACAGCUCGUGGAGAACAUUUCCGCAUCUACGAAAUCCUCCAAAUCAGAUGAGAAUAGUGAACUGAAGGGUUUUUUUGCCAUCAUUCAGCGUGUCAAGGACGAUCCUACUCUAUUAAAGACCCCGGAAGAUCGAGUUGAGCAUAACCACAUGCUCAUAUACGUCUAUUCGAGAGCCGUCCUCGAAGGUAUUCGAUUAGACGAUCCUUUCCUUGACCAGGCACAAGUACGAACAGAAGCUCUAAAAGCAAUCAAUUUCUUGAGAUUCUCCAUCAAAGAAACACCUGCUGUGCUCAAGCAUAAAGUGAGCAGCCAAGAGUACAUGUUCCGUGGGCAGGAGCCACUAUGGAUUUGGCUUCUUCCCCAGUUGCUCAGGCUUCUUGGCCAUGCUCAAUGCCUUGAACUUACAGAAGCCAUUGAGAGCUUCCUUCAGUAUACGAUGCUUAUCAUGGCACAAAACUGGAGUUUGUGGGAUAUGGUCCCUGCCUUUCUGUUCUAUCUUCGUACAAUUACCUCUCACAUACUCAAUCGACUCCAAGAUCCCCUUGUCGUACCCGAUGUGGAGGAGAGCUUUGCGAUGUUAUCUCUACCCUCGGAACUUGCUCUUUGUCGAUACGUCGACAAAAGCUCGUCCUUGAUCGGCCAAUUGACAUAUUCCGUUGACCGGAUGCAACAUGCUUUACAACAACUCAUAAGCUUCUGCAACGUAGUAGCCCAUCCUAUUAUAUCGACGGAUGAGACAUUCCAUACUGUGAUAUUUUUCUCGGAGAGUGCAGUAUGGUUGAUUGAUGUUUUGGGAGAUAUGCAAGCUAUCAGGAACCGCUACGGUCAUGCAUUUCCCGCCCCUUCACUUCACAUUCUACAGAAAACCAUCCAAAUCGAGAGAGCACUGUCAAGAAAGACAGGGGUCAGUGCUUCAGCUCACAAAAAAGCUAUCACUCUCUUGAUCCUUCUCUGUGGCGAUAUAGUAGCAAGCUUGGAUGCAUCAUCUAUGCUAGACCCUAAUGAUGAGGAAACCUGUCGAUCAUACGUCCUAGCUCUUGCUAUAAUCAUAGCAGCAUCGGUUGAGGACAGGUCGAUCGGACGACUGGCGAUGUCUAGCCUUGUAGACGAAUCCUCGAUGUUUUAUUCUGCUAUGCCUGAAGGAACAGAUAUAUGGAGAAUGACACAGAUGUUGAGGCAAGUGAAUGCCAGUUCCGAACCAGGAUUGCUCAGCUCAAAUACGCACCCAUCCAAUUUUGAGGAUGCAGAAGUGCGCGAGAUCCUCCAGGCGCUGGCUUUAACAUACGAUGCACCUGAUGAGAACUCACAAGAUCGUUCCAAACGACGUAAAGUAUCGCAAGUAGAUUCUAGCCCUAUGGCUGUUCUGAUGAGCUCCUUGGGGGCUACCCUGGGGUUAGAGAGCAUUGAUGAUGGCUUCCCGAACCUUGAACAGAAAUUUCUGAAUAUAUUUCCAUCUCUUGAUGAAUCACGUCAAUGCCUCGCGCUUGAUCUGCUCUCGAGGGUAUCAUGCCUGGCUGACAGGAAGGUCCCGCUGUCCAACGAUGAGAAAACAUCCGAUGCGAAGGCCCGUUGCUCUAUUUGCGAGACAAACGAAUUUUCGAGUCGUUCAAACCUCAAUGCAACAACUGCUCAGAAGUCUCGAGUCGAGGCACUUUUUACCCAGUUGAUCCGACUUCCAAUUGUUGCCGAAUCUCGGCGCCUAAGGGUUACUGCCAUGAUGGCAUUAAGGAAGAUAAUUUUGCACUGCGAUGACGCAGAGAUACUCAAUCUAGAAACCUCUGCGUUGGGCCAGUGGUGUCUUCAGUCUUUGAAUAGCUCGAUAAGAGAGCUUCGGAUAGCUGCAGGAAGAGUUCUGGCUACUUUUUCUUUAACCAGGCCAGAUACUGUCCCCUCGAGCAUUGUUCUACCAGCUCGCCCAGCAGAGGGAAAUGGUACUAAAAACCCACGAGUGAACCAUCUUCAGGAGCCUCCUAUUCAUGCUAAUAUGCAUUUGAGUACAGCAGAUAGAGCCUCCUCAAUGAAGCGCCAGGACUUGGUAUCGCGCAACAGAAAGAACUCGAUCGCGUUAUUGAAAUCAAUCUCGGACAAGGACCAACCAAAUUUGACCGAAACACUCAUUAUGGCAUGGGGUCAACUAGGCACAGUUGUUUGGGAGCACGAACUCAACUUGGUACUUAUUAAACUCCUGGAGUACCUGGGAAGCAGUAACAACGUAAUUUCUGCUUUUGCUUUCAACGAGCUCUUGAACCUUGCAGAUGCCCGCCGAGUGACCCCAAGACGCCUGUUUGAACCCUUUUGGCCAAAUCUGGCAUACAUGGCCACUAAGGACAUGGUCCAGCGCCCUCAAAUGAGCCGGACGAUUGCUGAACUCCUUCAGGUUUCUGUCAACGACCUUCUUCUCCUAAUCCAAACCCACGCAUUGCCGUGGCUUGUACUCGAUAAACAAAAAGACGUCAUUCGAAAGAUUGCCGAGGCCCGACAAGAGUCGGAGAUUUGGCUGCCUCUGAUCGACCCUGCGAAUCUGGCUGCUACUCUCGCGUUGCUUCUGAUACAGGAUACAGAAGACAUCGCGGCAUUUGCAAAGUCACGCCUGGACGAGCUAUCAGCGCAUUUUGAAACUGAGUCGCUUGCCAAUCUUCUUCAAGUGGAGCCAGUACUCACUGUGAUGGAACUGCUAAAGGCAGCCGGCGAUUCAGACGAGACCAGAAAGGGACCAAUUCGGAAAGCCUUGGAUACAAUGGCCGAGAUGCUAUUGCCUUCAAGUAAAGGAACUCGAUCUAAGAAAGGAGAUCAUACGGCUCGGUUUAUUCAUUCCUCGCUUCUUGGGCUUAUGGCACGUCUCUUCGAUGUAAUUAAUGAUCAGAACCUUCCAGACCCAGAGCGCCGGUGCCACAUUCGAGCUAUGGAAGAAAUGAUUAGAGUGUCGAGGGGCUACGCAAGCACCGCCAGACCUCAGAUUUCUGCUUGUUUACUGUCCACACUUGCGCAAGAUGCUUUGAGGGAGGCCAGUUUCUCUUGCUGGGUGUCAAUGCUCACCCAUCUUGGCCCUGAAGACGUUGAGGCAUUGCUAGAAACGACAUUCUUUGUCGUUACUCGCUACUGGCCUUCAAUGAACGAGCCAACAACUCUUCUAGCUCGGCGGACCCUUCAACAGCUGGUCGAUAAAUUUGAAGCUCUUGUCGCCAAAUACAUCGUCAAAUUGCCUUCACUUGGACAUAUUCCUGAGCUCAAAGAUAUAGAGUCAAAACUGGAACAGCACAGACCAGCAGCACUUGCGGUUGAAGAGGUGCUGGGAGCCUUUGCUGAGAGAAUCCGCCAUGAGAACUCGGGCGUCACGCUUCAAGCGCUGACCGAGUUGAUUCCAUAUCUUCGCGGAAACCAGGCAGCUCUACAUACCUCCGAUGCCAGUCUACAAUCAGACACUGGUGUUGUGGUCCUUGUGCGAUCUCUCCUCGACUGUGCUUGCAAAUACAACGGUCUCCCGGGAGACAUCGCGCGGCUAUGUACAGAAGCUCUGGGCUUGAUAGGCUGUCUGGAUCCCAGCAAGACCGAAACUGUGAAGGAACAGAAAUCCAUUGUGAUUCUAAACAACUUCGUGGAUACAGAAGAAACCACUGACUUUGUUAUUUUUCUUCUGGAGGAGGCCCUCGUGCCAGCUUUUCUGUCCACGACCGAUGUCAAGUUCCAGGGGUUUCUGUCCUACGUUAUGCAGGAGCUUACGAGCAGGUGUGACCUCAGUGCUGCAUGUGCCAUGGCGACCAGCGGGAUGUCAGGUGGCAACGAUAUUUAUCGCAAGUGGAUCACGAUGCCAGAAGCUGUCCGAGAAGUGGUCAGCCCUUUCCUGACUUCCAAGUACGUUGUUGCCCCAAUGGCGCACUCGGAAAUAAAUUAUCCUAUUUUCCGACCUGAGAGGUCAUAUGGGAAUUGGCUGAGGCAUUACGUUAUAGACCUUCUUCGGAAAGGGCAGACCGCAUUUGCUGAUCUGAUAUUCGAGCCUUUGGCGCGUGUCAUUCGUGUCCGGGAUCUUGCCAUUGCCGAAUUCAUUCUACCCUACAUAGUACUGCAUACUCUGCUAGGCUCUCGUGCUACUCAAAAGGAUAGGGAGAACGUCCUUGGCGAGCUUCUGGCCAUCUUAGAGCAUCAGCCUGGCGAAGGGGCGUCCUAUUUGGAGAAAGAGGAUAUGAAGAGAUUUUGUCACGCUGUUUUUCGCAUCGUGGAUUAUGCAAUGAGAUGGAUGCAAACAAAGCGAGCAGCCGGUCGCCUCACCGAAUCUGAUAAGGAAAGGUUGACCCAAGUACAGGAAGCUCUCGACAAGAUUCCGGCCGAGUUAAUCGCACAAAGGGCCGUCGAUUGUAAUGAUUACGCUCGGGCGCUUUUCCAUCUAGAACAGCACGCUCAGAAGAUGGAGCAACGGAAGAAGGAGCCAGAAGAGCGCGUACGGCUGUUGCAAAAAUUGCAAGAUAUUUAUGCCAACGUUGAUGAGCCUGACGGACUUGACGGGAUUUCAGCUCACCUGCAAGUUCUUGACAUCAACCAGCAGAUUCUGAGUCAUCGCAAAGCUGGUAGAUGGACCGCUGUACAGAACUGGUACGAGAUAAAACUUGCAAAGGAACCUGCCAACAUAGAUGCACAGAUCGACUUGCUGCAUUGUCUGAAGCAAGCCGGCCAGCAUGAGGCGCUUUUGAAUCACGUCGAGAGCAUGCGAACUGAUGCAUCCAUAGACAACAAGAUUAUGCCUUAUGCAGUAGAAGCAGCAUGGGUAACAGGGAGGUGGGAGAGCCUCGUCAAAUUCACCAAGCGAUUUCAUGGAGACAUCAUUGAGGACUUCAAUGUAUCGGUCGCGGCUGUUCUCGAUAAGCUCAUGGCCAAAAACAAGUCCAAAGAGAUAUCUGCGAUAAUGAACGACAUAAGAGUCAAAAUUUCAUCGUCAAUGAACGCUGCAUCCACAUCAUCACUCCAAGCCUGUCACGAUCUCCUCCUCAAGGCUCAUAUUCUUACAGACUUGGAGAUCAUCAUUGACACCAAGGCGGGAGACGAAGCGGCUCGGCAAAACACAAUGGCGCUGCUAGACAGACGGCUUGAGAUUAUAGGUGCUUAUAUGAGUGACAAGCAAUAUCUCCUUGGUAUUCGACGCGCAGCCAUGGAGUUGAACAGACCAAGCUUUACAGACCUAGACAUUUCUGGAUUGUGGUUAUCAAGUGCACGACUCGCUCGAAAGUCGAAUUCUCUACAUCAAUCUUUCAACGCUGUCUUGCAUGCCUCGCAGCUGGGUGACGAUGCGGCGACCAUCGAGAAUGCCAAGCUUCUCUGGAGAGAAGACCAGCACCGAAAGGCAAUUCAAGUCCUGCAGGGAGCAAUCAAGAGCAACAAGUUUAUGACACAGACAGGAACGGCAACCAGCACUAACACCAACAAACUAAACCCGCAGCAGAAGCUCUUGACAGCUCGAGCACAACUGCUCCUCGCCAAGUGGCUGGAUAGCGCUGGGCAGACACAUGCGGGUGCUUUGCGUGAGAAGUAUCAGCAGCCUCCAAAAACAUUUGCGGCCUGGGAGAAGGGUCACUACUAUCUCGGUCGGCACUACAAAAAGAUCCUCGAAGCCGAAAAGCCUCUUAAAGCCGAGGACCAAAGCGAUAACUACAUCACCGGUGAGGUUGCAAGGCUUGUCAUAGAGAAUUAUGUGCGAUCCCUCAACUCGGGUACUAAAUAUCUCUAUCAAACUCUUCCAAGAAUAUUGACUCUCUGGCUUGAUCUCGGAGCACAGGUGGACAAGGCACCAGAAGGCAAGGCCUCACUUUCUCGCGAACUUCACCGACGACGUGUGGAGCAGCUCAACCUGCUGCAUUCAUUCCUCGACAAGUACAUCCAUAGGCUGCCAGCGUAUAUCUUUUACACUGCUUUGCCGCAGAUUGUUGCACGUAUCGCCCAUCCCAAUCCGCAAGUAUUCGACCGGUUGACGCAUAUAAUUGUCAAGGUCGUGGAAGCUCAUCCUCGACAGGCACUUUGGAGCUUGAUCGGAAUUAUGACAACCAGGCAGGUGUCGGAACGAAAGGCGCGGGGAACCCAAAUCCUUCAAACACUUAGGAAUAUAUCAAAGAAGGUGGAAGGCUCUUCGACUGACUUCAAGCACUUACUCAGGAUGGGGGAGAAAUUAGCUGAGCAGUUGCUGUUGGCGUGUCAAAACGGAGACUUCCGUAGCAACAAGACUGUCCAUGCCAGCCUAAGCAGAGAUCUUCGAUUCCAUCACAAGUGCACUCCUUGUCCAUUGGUGGUGCCUGUCGAGAACUCUUUGACAGCAACAUUGCCAGCGGUGUCAGAGUACGUCAAGAAGCACAAAGCAUUCUCCAGAGACGUGGUUACAAUCGAUUCUUUCCUCGACGACGUUUUGGUGCUGAGUUCAUUGGCCAAACCAAGACGACUCACAGCGCGUGGUAGUGAUGGAAAAAACUACAUGCUUCUCAUCAAACCCAAAGACGAUUUACGAACGGACCAGCGCCUCAUGGAGUUCAACGGGUUAAUCAAUCGAUCGUUGAAACGGGACGUAGAGUCCAGUCGAAGACAAUUAUACAUCCGAACGUAUGCUGUAACACCACUCAACGAAGAAUGUGGUAUUAUCGAAUGGGUGCCAGGGAUCAAAACCAUGCGAGAUAUCCUUAUCAACCUCUAUGCUUCUCGAAAGAUUUAUCCCGAUUAUACAGUCCUAAAGCAGCUUAUGGAUGAAGCAUGUCUUUCCGAUGGCAAAAUCAGAAUUUUUACUGAUGAGGUUAUGGGAAGAUUCCCCCCAGUUCUUCAGCUCUGGUUCACACAACAAUUUCCCAAUCCGUCAGCAUGGUUCGCUGCACGACUGAAGUAUACACGAUCAUGUGCUGUCAUGUCUAUGGUAGGCACCAUCCUGGGACUUGGCGACAGGCAUGGUGAGAACGUGAACCUGGAGGAAGGCAACGGUGGAGUAUUCCACGUUGAUUUCAACUGUCUAUUUGACAAAGGCUUGACGUUUGCAAAACCUGAGCGGGUGCCGUUCCGACUCACUCACAACAUGGUAGCUGCAAUGGGUAUUUACGGCUACGAAGGGCCUUUCCGCAAGUCUUGCGAACUGACUCUAAGCAUUCUUCGCCAACAAGAGGAAACGUUGAUGACCAUUCUUGAGGCAUUUAUAUACGAUCCAACGUUGGACUUGCAGAAAGAAAAACGUACACAUCGGAGAGGAGAUGUAGGCGUCAAGCUUCAGCCUCAGAGCGUUGUGGACAGCAUCAAACGCAAGGUUAGGGGGUUGCUCCCAACUGAAAGCAUUCCUCUGGGAGUUGAAGGCCAAGUGGAAGAACUGAUCAAACAAGCGGUUGAUCCCAGAAACUUAGCUGCAAUGUAUAUAGGCUGGUGUCCGUUCCUGUGA